AGCGCAUGGGGCCAAGAAAGGUAAGGUCCCUGGGCGAGGAACGUGCGGUCCUAGCUGAAUUUGGGGUUUCGCUGCGAAAGGAAAUCUAGCUCUUCCAAAAGCUUUGCAGCGCGAGAGCGGAAAGGGCCCAGGGACUGUGCUGGGGUCGCACAGCCGGCCGGGACGGAGAGCCAGGCUUCCUAGCACGCCCGGUCACUGACUCCGCGCCUUCCUUGUGUGCCUGCAGCCCUUGGUUCUUCUUGGAAACGCCGACGCCUUGUCCGGGGCUGGUGGGCUGGGGCGCCAAGAUGCUGCUGACAGUGCCCAAGAGGAGCCUCAGUCUCUGGUGGAGUUGGGUCGCGGGUAGGGGGAGCCAGGAAUGCCUCCUCUGAAAAAUGGCAGAAGCAGUUUUCCAUGCCCCAAAGAGGAAAAGAAGAGUAUAUGAGACUUAUGAGUCUCCCUUGCCAGUCCCUUUUGGUCAGGACCAUGGUCCUCAGAAAGAAUUCAAGAUAUUCCAUGCUGAAAUGAUUAACAAUAAUGUGAUUGUGAGGAAUGCAGAGGACAUUGAGCAGCUCUAUGGGAACGGUUAUUUUGGAAAAGGUAUUCUUUCAAGAAGCCGUCCAAGCUUCACAAUUUCAGAUCCUAAAGUGGAUGCUCAAUGGAAAGAUAUGAAGACAAACAUGCCUAUCAUCACAUCAAAGAAUCUCCUGCAUGCUGGGGACAAAGGGCCUGACCACGAGUAUGUGCUGGUUGAGGAAGAGGAGUGUGCCGUGAGCAAGAGGGAGGAUGCCCCAAAUGAGGAAUUGGUGCAAAGAAAGAGACUAAUAUGCAGAAGAAAUCCAUAUAGGAUCUUUGAGUAUUUGCAACUCAGCCUAGAAGAGGCCUUCUUCUUGGUCUAUGCUCUGGGAUGUUUAAGUAUUUACUAUGAGAAGGAGCCUUUAACGAUAGUGAAGCUCUGGAAAGCUUUCACUGUAGUUCAGCCCACAUUCAGAACCACCUACAUGGCCUACCAUUACUUCCGAAGCAAAGGUUGGGUGCCCAAAGUGGGACUCAAGUACGGGACAGAUUUAUUGCUAUAUCGGAAAGGCCCUCCAUUUUACCAUGCAAGUUAUUCUGUCAUUAUUGAGCUAGUUGAUGACCAUUUUGAAGGCUCUCUCCGCAGGCCAUUCAGUUGGAAGUCCCUGGCUGCCUUGAGCAGAGUUUCUGUUAAUGUCUCUAAGGAACUUAUGCUGUGCUAUUUGAUUAAACCCUCUGCUAUGACUGACAAGGAAAUGGAGUCACCAGAAUGCAUGAAAAGAAUUAAAGUUCAGGAGGUGAUUCUGAGUCGAUGGGUUUCUUCACGAGAGAGGAGUGACCAAGACGACCUUUAAUAAUUCAACCUUUGAAAUUAGAAAUUCAAAUUUCUAAUUUCACCAACAACUAUUUAUUGAGGGCUAGGUAAAAAGUUUACUGUAAUCGUUCAUUAAUUUAUAAGUUUUAAAGGGCAUGCUGCUCCCAGCACCAGAAAACUAUCAGUGUUUUUAAAGAUAAAUUGCACAGGGGAGGAGAAGGAUCCCUGUGCUGGGACUGCAGGCUUAUCCUUGCAUUGGCCUUUUAACUCUCCAACCCUGAGCCUCGUGCCUCAGUCUGUGCUCUCAUCUGGUCACUGAGGAGGUUGGACUAGAUGAGUCCUGAGAGAACUCUUCCAACAACAGGGACAUUUGCUCUGAUUUUAUCUGAAAAUUGUGGUAGUUUACAUUUAUACAGUAUGGUUUAUGAAGCACUUUCAUACACAGGCAUCUGUUGUUACCUACAUGUAAGCUGUACCUGAAAGAGUAUUAGCAGAUUUAGCAAUUACAUGCAUCUAUGUUCCAUUAUUUUAAAUAGAAAGAAUAGUUAUGUGUCUCAGCUUAUCCAAGAACUUUAACCAAUAGCUGAAAACAUUGGAAAGUCCCUUCAGUAUCUACCAAGGAUUUCUGUAUCACAAAGCCUUUAAGACAUCAGUUACCUGAUUAUGUAAUUCUCAAAUGAACUCAAUGGUAGGCAUGUUUAUGUACAGAACACAAAAAUAUUGUACAUUAUUAAUCUUCACUGAACUUGUUAUAAAAAUGAGUGGUGAAAUGUUUGAAGACAUAAGGAAAGCAACUUACAUUUAGCAAAAUGUAAUAAAGCCUUUUUUAAUUGGUGAGAAA